UCUGCCCUCUCUUUCUUUUUCCAGUGGUGCAGGCAGCACCAGUGGGUGGAGUUGGGGGAUUGCAUGGGCACAUGCUUCCUUCAGUGUGUUAGCAGGAAGAGAUGUGGGCAACUUGGUGGUGCUGACUACUCUAACCCACUCUUUCACCCUUCCCAUUCAUUUUGUGCUUUCUAAGCACCCUCUAGGAAACUGCAGCAACAGGGUUGCCAGCAUCAUUUUGUGUCGUGUGCAAGAACUCCAGCUGGGACAGAACUCAGUCACAUCAAUCCAAAACAGCUUCUGAGAGCACCUGCUGCGCAGAUUUAUGGAUCCAUAAUCAUUCACGUCACAGCCUGAGGGACAUGAGGCUGGAACAGGAUAAUAGCCCUUAAAUCCCCUUCUCUAAGCACUCAGAUCUUCCCUGUCAGCAAGAUUAAAACAGUCAACAGCAGUCUUCAUGUGUCUAUAUCCCACAGUGAGCUUUCACAGCAACUGGAGUGGUGACUGGCAGGAGGAAAAAUGCAGAACUGCCGCUGUGCUUGAUAUCACCGAGGUGAAGAGACAAGAGAGCAGGACUGUCAGUCUUAGUACCAGAAAGGAUUGGUGCUAAUUUGUCAAGCAGGUGAAUGAUAAGAAGGGAGAAGAGCAAGGGAAAAUAGUAUGUUGCAGUUUAACAUGAGGAGGCAGUUUCCUUUCCUGAAAGCUAAAGGAAGAGAGAGGGAAGCAUCAAAUGUCCUUCCACAGCUUGCCAGGAGGAAGGACAAUGAAGGCAUGUGUUUAGACAAGCAGAGUGGCUUUUCUGCCACUGCUCCACUGAGCUCCCAGCCCCUGCUGCUCCUUGGACCAGAGGGGAAUUACAACUAUUACGUGGAUGAUGAAGAUGAGGAAGAAGAAGAGAAAGAACAAGGAAAAUGGCCAACCGGAGACCCAUUUGAGGGAGAAAACAAGCCCUCAUCAUCCAUUCCUUGCUCCCCUGCCUUUUCCUCUGGAGCCCCAGCCACGGCAUCCACUUCAUCCGUGCUGAACAUUAACGUCGGUGGCCAAAGCUACCGCCUCACCUACCAGGCAGUGGCCAUCUACCCCAAGACACGCCUGGGUCGCCUGGCCACCUCCACUGACCGCCGCUGCCAGCUGGGCCUGUGCGAUGACUAUGCUGCCCAGGGAGACGAGUAUUUCUUUGACCGUGAUCCAGCCGUCUUCCAGCUGGUGUACAAUUUCUAUGCUUCAGGGGUGCUGCGUGUGAGGGACGAGCUUUGCCCACGCAGCUUCCUGGAGGAGUUGAGCUACUGGGGCGUGCGGCUCAAAUACACACCCCGCUGCUGCCGCAUCUGCUUUGAGGAGCGCCGCGAUGAGCUGAGCGAGCAGCUGAAGGUCCAGCGUGAGCUGCGCUCCCAGGCAGAGGCUCAGGAGAAUGAGCAGCUUUUCCACCACAUGCGCUACUAUGGGCCCCAGCGCUGGCGCCUCUGGAACCUCAUGGAGAAGCCCUUCUCCUCUGUCACCGCCAAAGUGAUGGCGGUGGCCUCCAGCUUCUUUGUGCUCAUCUCCGUGGUGGCCCUGGCACUCAACACCGUGGAAGAGAUGCAGCAGGUAGACCGGAAGAGUGGGGAGAGUCGUCCUGUCCUGGAGCACAUCGAGACCCUGUGCAUCGCUUUCUUCACCCUGGAGUACCUGCUGCGCUUAGUCUCUACCCCAGACCUGCGCCGCUUUGCCAGCAGCGCGCUCAAUGCUGUGGACCUCAUUGCCAUCCUGCCCCUCUACCUGCAGCUGCUGCUCGAAUGUUUCGCUGAUGAUGACCAGCCCCGAGGCCGGGGCUCCCAGCAUGAGCACGAUAUCGAGAAGGUGGGACGGGUGGGCAAAGUGGGACAAGUGCUUCGCAUCAUGCGCCUCAUGCGCAUCUUCCGCAUUCUCAAGCUGGCCCGCCACUCCACGGGGCUGCGUGCCUUCGGCUUUACCUUGCGCCAGUGCUACCAGCAGGUGGGCUGCCUUUUGCUCUUCAUUGCCAUGGGCAUCUUCGCCUUCUCUGCCAUGGUCUACACAGUGGAGCAUGACGUCUCUAGUACCAACUUCACCAGCAUCCCCCAUGCUUGGUGGUGGGCUGCCGUCAGCAUCUCUACAGUGGGAUAUGGAGACAUGUGUCCAGAAACUCACCUCGGCCGCCUGUUCGCGUUCCUCUGCAUCGCGUUCGGUAUAAUCCUGAAUGGCAUGCCCAUCUCCAUACUUUACAACAAAUUCUCAGACUAUUACAGCAAGCUGAAGGCCUACGAGUACACUGCUCUCAAGAAAGAAAGGGGGAAGGUGGACUUCACACGGAGAGCCAUGAAGAAAAUAUCUGAAUGCUGCGGAGAAAGUGCUGCCCGCCCUUUGCCACAACACUGAUAUGAGUAAUGCCUUGGAUAUUGGGUUGGAACAGGGAAGCUGAAGAAAAAGAGGGAAAAUUGAUCAGUCAAGCUAACUGGAGAUAAACUGAAAAGGAUAACAGUAACAAAAAUUAGAUGGUGAAAUCUGUUUUGAAGUGAAUUACUUUUAAAAGAAAAGGCUCAGAUUAUAACAAAAGAUUUAUUUUUUCUUGGUUUUGUUAGUCUGAGAGCAGCACUCAAGUGCUCAUGAGCUAUCUGGAAGGAGAUUAUUCAGACAAAUCACCCAGAAAUUCUGAAUUAGAUCCACACAAAGAUGUGGCCCCUUAAAACCGAUCAGACCAAUGUCAAAGACCAAUGACCAAACCAAAGGGAAACAAAUUGCUGCCAUUAAGGGUCAGACCCUUUGCUGCUGCCAGGGCAGUCUUAAACAAAUAGUAUACUGACUGCAUUGCUGAAAUUGGUUUUGCAUCAUCUUUCAAAACUGGGAAAACAGCCUAGAAUUCCUUCCUGAAUAUUAGCAGCAUCUACACUCCAUGAGCUUUCAGCUUCCACUUGCACUGGUAGUUAUGCUUCAGUGUCCCAAUUGUACUUUUCGUCCCAGCAAGUGACUUCCAUUUUCACACCUAGGCAAGCAACAUGAUGGUUUUACUAUUUUCCCCACCUCCACCUCCAUAAUCAUCUUCCGUUAUGCCAAGAUCUAGUGGAAAAUCUGGAUUUUGAGUUGAUAAAUGUCUUCAGCCUUGAAAACAUUUCUAAACAAAUACUUUCUCUAGGGUUAAGUGAUAAUCUACAUUUAUUCUACUACAUUUAAUAUAUCUACUUAUUGAAAUGUUAGAAAAAUAACAGGCCUGUCACAGGAUGUAAACGUUAGAGAAAUGUUCUGAAAAAAUACUCAAACACGUAGUAGGUAAUAUAACACUUUUCAUGAAAAGGAUCUUAUUAGCUCUUGUCUGAAGCCAAUUUAAAAUAUAAUUUAAAGUCAAGAUACUUUGGUACAUACAGACACAUUUCUGACACCUUAACCCACCUCCAGUAGUACCUUAUUUCCUGAAAUUACUUAGCCUUCUUUCACAGCUUGGCUUUUGCAUGUUACCCCAAGAACUAUGCAAUAAAUAGUAAUAAGAAAAAAAAGAAAAAAAAAAAAAGGAAAAAAAAAAAAAAAGAUGGGACCAGCAUUUCUUCUAUUAGUUCACAGUAUAUCAGGAAUAUUCUUUUUACAUAACAGCAGUCCUAGGAUUUUAAAAAUAGGAAUCUGAGCAACAGAUCUGAAAGAACAGUUAUUUAAUUGAUAGAUCCAAAUAGUAUAAACCACAGGGUAACAAAAAGAAGCAAUGACAGCAGUCACAUGAUUGUUAUUCAUUAGCACUCUUUCUGUGAAACAGCCUGACAGCAGAGAUGCGCUUUAAAAUUCCUGAACUUCCACGUUGUGUCUGUAGUGUGCUGCUGAAUGUAAAUCAUCAUAGUCAAGUCUCAGAGUCAGGCUGAAGACAAUGGUGUGAAGCUCACUCCUGGGACAGCUGAGGGUGAAAAAGUUCAUUGAUUUUGCUACAUCCAUACAAAUUGUGUCAAGCAUGGGGACAUUUUUCAUUUGCAUAGUGAGAAGGUAAUCAGUAACCAAGUUGCUCUUCUCAUUUUCUAUCUCCAGACAAACUUAUCAUAAGCCCAGCUGUCAUUUUGUUCUUUAGGAAUGACAGUCAGCACAUUGUGUGCUGAUCAGCUCUGUUAAAAGCUAAACAGUGUCUUUAAGGCACAGCUGACCCCUGAGAGUUGACUGUGAUAGAUGUGUGCUGUCCUGGACUGCACACAAUGCAGCAGGCACAAUCCCAGCACUCACUGACAAGAAUAGCUGCUUUAGUUUGGCUCUGGGGUGGUAUGAAUUUGUAUGGCCCUUCUGCACCAGUGGCUUCCUGAAGUCACAGGAAGCCGCUCUUUUAGACCCCUGUUGCAGUUGAAUGGGGCAACAGGUUAAAAGCACGCAGGAACACAACCGUGCUUCAUUUUCAAUGUGCAGCUUGAGACAAUAGGUUACAUCUAUUGGAUGAGAUUCAUUAAAGGACUUAAACUUUGAUGACCACCCAGCAUUCCAAGACAAGGAACCCCUUAAUUUAAUUUCUCAGUCUGAAGGAGCUGGCAGGACUUAAGAGGUAGUUCCCACACCUUGCAGCCACAUGAAGGCAGGACUCACAAUACUCUAUAAUGGUUAGAGGCCAAAAACCUUUCAGACAUGGAGGAGACCCAUUUAUAUUCCUUCAGGAGAAGACAAUAGUGCUAAAUCCCACCUGAGUACUCUGAACCAAGGCAUCACACACUAGGCAGCUCAGCUUGCCUAGAACCUGCUGCAUGCUCUUCUUCUUCAAUAUGCUUUCCUCACUCCUCCCUCCAACACCCAACCCCACUGUUUUGCUGAUGGCAGCUUUGGUGCCUUUGUGAUUCCUUUAUGAUUCCUUUAUGAGUUGGUUUAACAUACAAAUGGGACAAUCUGGGGGAGCAGGAUUAGAUUCUUCAUUGGUCUGUGCCCUAACUUGAUUUGGAGAGCUCUGACUAAUGCUGAUGCAAGAUACAUGGUAGAAGUGUGCAGUUCGGAGGACAGAUCUCCGGCAGCUGCCACAUGAAAUGUGAAGCAAAAAAAAUGACUCAAAGUUGUUGUUUUUCUCUUUCGUAAUAAUCAGAUCAUUUGCCUUGCCUCUUGCAGCAGGAGAACAGGCUCUUAGUGAAGUAAGGCAUUUUCCAGCAAACUGUAAAUUAGAGUUCUGUGUUUUCUUUAAUUAAAAAUUCAUAGUUUGCUUUACUGUAUUACCCCACACAGCUUUCUGCCUUGUAGCUUACCUCAUUUUAUUGCAGGGGUGUUGAGUUUAAGUCUGUGAAUUCGGUAGUAUAGAUUAUGCCUAAUACUGAGGCACCACAAUGCCAAUCAGAUGUUGCCCUGAAUGCCCAAGCUCUAUCACUACUAGCAUUUUCUGUAAGUGGUUUCUAGCAAGGUCCUCCCACCUGCCCAACUCCUGAGACACCCUAUCUGAUGCUCCUACUAUACAAACUGGCUAGAGGAGCUCCACCAGCUCAGAGGAAGGAAGGAGUUCAUAGUCCCACAGAGCAAACUCCUCACUACCUGCAGUGGGCUGUGCAUAUCUUUAUCAGCUGGUUUUGAAAUGUAAUGCUGCAUUUUUGCCAUUUUGUUGUGUUGACACAAUGAUUCCUUUUGAGAAGGACGCAGUUAAUUUACUGUCACAGCCACUACAACUUUCAGUGGCAUCGCAAGUACCCCUAGAUUACUGUGAAAUGAAACAGCCAAGUGCUACAUGAUGGCAUUCAAAAGUAAUGCAGGACGGCCUUGAUUAUCUUGAUUACUUGAAUGCCAUAGGGCUUUGACAAUCAAAAGAUUUCAAAAUAACCACUUCAAGGGAAAAUAUGCUUAGAUUCAACAAAGAUGGGUAAUACCAUCAAAGCUAAAGUAGAUAGGGCUUAUUUUAUGAGAUGUUAAUUUAGUAUUACUAAGAUUUUGGUGGAACAGAGUGGGGGAUUCUCAAAACACUGAGAAAUUAGAAAACUCAAGGAAUGUGACCAUGCUCAAAUCUUCCAUUUUAACUAAUUGCAGAUAUUAAUGAGCCCCAGAGGGAGAAGGAAAAUAUGUUCUAUUAUGCUUUGCUACAGACAUAGCAAACAUGUUGUCCUUGGUAGACAAAGAAACAAUUUGUUUAUCUGGAUGUCCUGGCUUCAUUUUUAGACAACUAAGUAUUCCUUCUUCUAUUUCUUAUAGGCCUGUGAAUUACUGAAAUUAAAAAUAAUAAUAUUAAUAAUUAAAAAAAAAAAAAAGAUAGUAGCGUGCAGGGAUGGUGGAGUCUGGAGUCUGUCCCUACAUGAGACGGUGAAAAGAAUUCCAAUCAGAAUAGCUUUUGCACAAAUCCUUGUCUUAGAAGAACAUCACUUUCUCAGUGCAAUUCAGCAGCUGUUUGCUUUUCUCAUUCAGAAAGAUAGCACUUAAAGGGGUAGCUAGAGUACAGCCAUAGAUUAAUAUGCAUCUGGUGCUAUUCCCAGGCUUCUAAGGCAAACACUAAUAUUCAGUCUUUAAGUAUGUAUAAUUUUAAGAUUAUAAACUAGGUAAACUUUAAAAUUUUUGGAGAAAAAUAAUGACUAUCAAUAAACCUAGGAGGGAAAAAAAUGUCUACUUGCUUUAAAAGUAGCUUUAACUGUUUAGAUUGUUCUGUUUUUGUUAUGUAAAAAUAUUUGAUUCGUGCUUAUCUGCUAUUUACAAAACCUUUAUUAACUUCUUUAUUCAGAAGUAGAAAAAAUACAUGGCAUUUGACUGUAAUCUAGUUCUUUAUCUUGCAUUGAAAAAGAGAAAGGUCAGAGGCACUAGCUUUUUAUGUACUUAGGUAAUUAUUGGAAAUAUGCUGAGAAAAAUUAAAGCAUUCCCCAGGUAGUUCCUGAGACAGAGAUUAUCAGAGUUCUCAAAAUAAAAUUGCUCAGAACUUACUUCUACUCUGUGAAAUGUCUCUAUGUGGUCAUUCUGACUUCUGAACCAGAUUUGCUCCAUUUAGAAGCAAAAGCAUUUCCCCUUCUAACAAUAACCAGAUGAACUAGUAUCGAACCUGAAAGUGAGUCUUUCGCUACCACUAAUAACAGUUAUUCAGGCCAACAAAUACCCACACAACCCUCUUUUCUUCAGCUGUUCUGGCAGAAGAAACUGCUUGAAACACUUCCCCUAGCACCUGGGAAAAGGAACAGAGACCCUGGUCUGGCUGCCGAGACAGCGUGGCUACACAUGGUUAAAUUCAACCAGCACUGUCACAGAGAAUAACUGUGCAGAGGAGUUUCUCCAUCCCCACGCCAGAACAGCCUUGCUCAGUAGGAAAGUUAGACUUUUCAUUUUUUUCUCACCAAAGGCUGCAUAUUAAGGCAAAGGCACAGACUGAAGACAAAUGCAACAGGCCACCCACAAAAGGAAGGUCAGGCUUUGAAGUGAACUCUUCGUGAUCAAACCCUGGCAUAAGCUGGAACCAGACUGACAUCAAAGGGACUCCACGCUCCUCAGGCAGUUCAAGCCAACUCUUGAGGGUCAGAUUGGCCUGACAUCCAAA